UUCUCAGGAGCUGCUAUUUAACAGGCAGCAUCAACGCCGCGAGCGCGAGAUGCUGCUGACUCUGCGCGUGCGAGGCUGCUGUUGAGCAACGUUCCCGCAUUGGCACGUGAACGGACACGUCCUUACUACUACAACAACCACUACUAAACGGAGCGUGCAGAGUGCGUGAGGAACAUAGUGGAAGUCUUAGAAGAAGAAAAAAAAGUCUUCAGUUUGUGUGUCGCUUUGCUUUAUUAUUUUUUUUUUUAGAUUGAUUUUGCUCUCGCGCACGGCGGUCUCUCGAGGUCACGCGCUAAAUUCAAAGAAUUCAGACCCGGCUCGCGCGCUGCGGAUGCUGACAUUGCGAACGUCCUUUCUUUAUCUCGUGUGUGUGUGUGAGAGAGAAAGAAAGAGAGAGAGAGAGAGAGAGAGAGAGAGAGAAUUAAUUCGUAUCUGUCUUGAGUUUUUAGUUUUCCGUUAAACGAUGAGAGAGAGGUGUUAGCAUCACAACUUUUCUCUUCCCUUUCAGAAUGUUAGCCGCGUGCUAACUGACAGAGCUAAACUUAAAUUCCUUGUUGGUUUACAUACCUGGAAAGGGCGUGUUAGCAUAGCAUUUCUAGCUAGCCGGCUGUAGUGUACAGUAUUAGGAAACUAGGAAGUAGCCUUGGCUAACGCGCGUGGUUUUAGCCAGAAGGAGGUUGCUGAAGAUUUCUGAAGAUGCUGCCUAGUAUAUUUUCUUGAAACACUUUAUGUAAACGCACUUCAUCAUGGCAUCAGCAAUGGACCGGACUUUAAGGAUGAGUAGAAUGCUGGUGGUAGUAGUAGUGAUGAUGAUGAUCUCCGGGACCUCUGUGCUCGCCAGUUCCCCGCAGAAAACCCACAACAAUCCGAGCAACGACUCUUCAGGACACGGAGCACCUCAUCAGGACAAGGCUUUCCCCGUGCUGGAUUUCGAUUAUGGCCACGUGCACUAUCCUUUCGUCAUAUUCCUCUGGAUCCUGCUGGCUUCCUUGAUGAAACUAGGAUUUCACUUGAUCCCACGUUUGUCCUCGAUUGUUCCGGAGAGCUGUCUGCUGAUUGCGGUUGGCCUUUUUGUGGGUGGGCUCAUCAAGCUCCUGGGUGAGACGCCCCCUGUACUUGAUUCCGAUCUCUUUUUCUUAUGUCUCCUUCCUCCGAUCAUCUUGGAUGCCGGCUACUUCUUACCCAUAAGGCCCUUCAUGGAGAACCUGGGCACCAUCCUCAUGUUCGCUGUGGUGGGCACUCUGUGGAACUCUUUCUUCAUCGGCAGUCUGCUGUUUGGCGUGUGCCAGAUCGAGGGCACUAACCUGUCCACGGUGACUCUCUUGCCCUGCCUGCUGUUUGGCUCCAUUAUCUCCGCCGUGGAUCCUGUAGCCGUCUUGGCCGUGUUUGAGGAGAUUCACAUCAACGAGCUCCUGCACAUCCUUGUGUUUGGCGAGUCGCUGCUUAACGAUGCCGUCACAGUGGUUCUGUAUCACCUGUUUGAAGAGUACUCCUCCAGGAGCACUGUGAAUAUAGGAGACGUCUUCCUGGGGAUCGUUUCUUUCUUUGUGGUGUCUCUGGGUGGAAUACUGGUAGGAGCUAUCUACGGCAUCCUGACGGCCUUCACCUCCCGCUUCACCUCACAUACGCGUGUUAUCGAGCCGCUUUUCGUCUUCGUCUAUAGCUACUUGGCGUACCUGUCAGCUGAGGUGUUCCACCUGUCCGGCAUCAUGGCACUGAUUGCAUGCGGCGCCGUAAUGCGUCCCUACGUGGAGGCCAACAUAUCCCACAAGUCCCAUACCACCAUCAAGUACUUCUUGAAGAUGUGGAGCAGCGUGAGCGAGACGCUCAUCUUCAUCUUUCUCGGGGUGUCCACGGUGGCCGGGACUCACCGGUGGAACUGGACGUUUGUCACAGUGACCGUAAUCCUGUGCAUGGUGGCUCGUGUUCUGGGGGUCAUCGGUUUGACCUUCGUGAUCAACAAAUUCCGCAUAGUAAAGCUCACCACCAAGGACCAGUUCAUCAUAGCGUAUGGCGGCCUGCGAGGAGCAAUCGCUUUCUCCCUGGUCUACUUGCUCGAUAGGGACCACUUCCCUACGAGAGACAUGUUUGUCACAGCUGUCAUCACGGUCAUCUUCUUCACUGUCUUUGUGCAGGGGAUGACCAUUCGACCUCUGGUGGACCUGCUAGCCGUUAAGAAGAAGCAGGAAACCAAGCGAUCCAUCAACGAGGAGAUCCACACCCAGUUUUUGGACCACCUGCUGACCGGUAUCGAGGACAUCUGCGGACACUACGGACAUCAUCAUUGGAAGGACAAGCUGAACCGCUUCAACAAGAAGUACGUGAAGAAGUGCCUGAUUGCAGGCGAGCGCUCGAAAGAGCCCCAGCUCAUCGCUUUCUAUCACAAGAUGGAAAUGAAGCAGGCCAUCGAGCUGGUGGAGAGCGGAGGAGGAGUUAAACUGCCGUCUGCCAUGCCGUCCACCGUGUCCAUGCAAAAUAUCCAGCCCAAGAAACCUCCAGAGAGAAUGCUGCCUCAGCUGUCCAAAGGCCAAGAGGAGGAGAUCCAGAAGAUUCUACGCAACAACCUGCAGAGGACACGGCAGAGAUUGCAGUCCUAUAACAGACAUACACUGGUGGCUGACCCGUUCGAGGACGGCUUUAAGGAGCUUAUGAUCAAGAGGCAGAGGAUGAAGGAUUUGGAGAAGAAGAUUUCUCAGAUGACUAAUUACCUCACCGUUCCAGCUGCAGCUCCUGAUUCUCCCACCAUCGCCAGAUCAAGACUGGCUUCUGACCCUCAAGCUUGGAGCGUCAAGCCUACAGCGACCAACAAAGACAUCCCGUCUAUAAAAGUGGAUUUGGCUUCUCCUCAAAGCCCAGACUCGGUCACCGAGUUAAACGAGUUCAGCAAGACAGCGGAGCAAGACCCAGCUGAGGAAGAGGAGGGGCUUGUGAUGCGGAGAAAGAGAGACGACAAGACGGGAGAGAAAGGAGAGCAAGAAGACGUGAAGGAUCAGCGACUCCUCCGCUGCCUGAGUGACCCCGGCCCUGCCAUCAGCGAAGAGGAGGAAGAGGAUGAUCCCUUCCUCCACUAAUGGGGAAAAAGAUGCAUGUGACUGGCUAUCUGCCUGCUUUCUCAGCGGUCACACUAGCUUUCUGAACAGUGGCUAAGGAAUAUGUUUUAACACAGCAAUGUCUUACGGAAAAGUCCAAUUAUUAUUAUAAUCACUGAACUUGAUAAGGAAACAAAAAUCAAGUUAAAAACGAACCAAAUAAAUAAACACACUGAAAGGGAGGGGUAAAAACAGCCAUCAUUUUCUAGCUUCGUCUUUCUCGUCGAAGGAAAGUGAGGGGUUCGAAGGGGCAGUUGAACUAUGCAUUACCAAAGGUUCACACUGUUGUAGUCCACAACUAGAGUUCUUAUUUUGUUUUUUAAAAUCAUGUAUUGCUUUCGGAACAUGAAAUAGUCACACAGUGUAUAGAAUCAUAACCAUAGGACCAUUCGGGCGUUUUUUUUCCAGGAGCAAUAUCAAACGAAGGGCACAUCUUGGCCUUUUUCACAUCUUAAAUCAGUCACCUGGUCCAAUCCCAGCUCUGAUUUUAGAGUGUAUUCGCCUUUGUUUGUGCUGCUCUCUUUCGUCACUGUGUAAUACUACAGCAGGUAGUAUCUGGUGCAACUGAAUGCUUAGAUGAUGAUAAUAAUAAUAACAACAACUCGCUGCAUGAAUCCUAGCGAAAGGAAAAUAUGAAUAUGGGGGGUUUUUUAUAAUAGGAAAUGCACUGUAACUACAUAGAGAUUGCAACUAGUUUCUUCAUGUUAUUCCGGGGUUUUGUGGUUCAUGCAUCCUUAUAACUUUGUGCUAUUACUUUAUGAAAUACUUGACUUUUUUUUCUUUUCUUUUUUAAACCCCGUACCUUUUUACACGCACUUCAGCGCUUUUGACUAGCAUGUGUGAAAUAUAUUCUAAUAUAUUGCACAUGCACCAUUUCCAUUUAGUGGAUUGGAUGUUUUAUUGCUCGAUCCAGUGCUACUCAUUUAUCUCUGCUGUCAGGGCGGGUCUAGUUUCUUCAGUCCUAAACUAAAAGAAAAAAGACUGAUGAAUUAGGUUUUAAGGAUUUCGCAUUUACUUCCUUUAUACAUCCCUGAUCGCUCUACAGAGUUCCUUAUAAACUAUGCAGAAGGAUUUCACUUGGGUCCAUUGAGGUCCCCUUUAAAACAUCAUUACCGCUGUGAGUUCUUGCCCUGACAGUUUGGCCACUAAUUCUGUCUGAUUUACGGCUGUGUGAUAUUCUCAAAACCAGACUAAAUAUCUCAAGAGCUAUUCUGCAUGCAGAGUAGAUUAGAUAUAUUUUAACAUGAGAUGUAUAAAGAAAUUAUUUAUAUUUUACACGAAACUUCAAAAUGUACGCUAAUCUGUUUCGCCCGCUGUAUGUCAUGAGGUGUUACCUGUCGUAGUUCGGACAUGGUUUUUUGACUUGGCCGUGCUGGGCUGUGGUUUUUUGGUUUUGUUUUUUAAUUUGGUUCUAAGGUCCAUGCUGGUUCAAAUACACUACUUUGCCAAAAGUUUUGGAACAUCUGCCUUUACAUGCACAUGAAUGUAAUAUGGAGUUGUCCCGCCCUUUGCAGCGAUAACGGCUCCAGCUCUUCUGGGAAGGCUUUCCACAAGGUUUAGGAGUGUGUUUAUGGGAAUUUUUGACCGUUCCACUAGAAGUGCAUUUGUGAGGUCAGGCACUGGUGUUGGACUGGUUCCCAGUCUCCACUCUAAUUCAUCCCAAAGGUGUUCUAUCAGGUUGAGGUCAGGACUCCUUGCCUUUAUGGACCUUGCUUUGUGCACUGGUGUUCAGUCAUGUUGGAACAGGAAGGGGUCAUCCCCAAACUGUUCCCACAAAGUGGGGAGCAGGAAAUUGUCCAAAAUGUCUUGGUAUGCUGAAGCGUUUUACUGGAACUAAGGGGAGUCCAACCCCUGGAAAAAACACCUGAAUUCCAUGAUGUGAAGGGGUGUUCCAAAACUUUUGGCAAUAUAUAAUAAAAAAAAAAUAAAAAAAAGAAUAGUCCCUUCUUUAGAGCUAGGCGGAUUGUGCAUGUCAUAGAUUGGAUACUAACAAAAUACUAACAUGGGAUGGUGGGGGGGGGAAUACACAGUAGUAUUCACAGAUCUUGUCCUGUGUAAGUCUAACCAUCUGCCACCAAAGUGAGGACAUUUUGCAUCUUGUCGAAAAUCUUGCUGUUGAUUUUGAACGAGGGUUUGAUUCCACGGCUCUGACUUUUACGCUGGUAAACCGAACAGUCGUCACAGAGACGACUGAUCUGUCACAUGGGGAAGAUUAAAUGAUGCUCAUCCUCCACAUUAAACCCACAACAAAAUCAACAAUGCACACGAAUAGAUUUGGACAAAUUUCCAGAAUGUUCUUUAAAAUUUAAAGAAUUUAAUGAGUUGUAUUUUUCUUCCUUUUUAUACUUUUAUAGCCUUAACACUUUUUUUUUUUUUUUUUGUCCUAAUUUUAUAUACAUAUUUUUGCUUUGUCGUUUCUGUUAUUGCAGAAGUUUGCCAGUCAUAUCUCUCAGACUCGAAUUCCGACUGAUUUAACUUCGUACCGCAGCGUUCGUACGCGUCGUGCGUUGUGUAUAUGUGAAGCACUGUGUCUUGUUCUUGAUCAGAAAUGGUCUAGACGCAAACUGAAGGACCGUGAGAAGAACAUGGCAGCUCACUGUGUGCGUGUGUACGUGUCCUCCUGCAUGGAUGAUCCGGGUGUGGCGAUUAUACAGUAGCGGUCUUCCCCUGCUGAUAGGUUAAUAUUUCAGUCUGGUCAGAACACUGGUGAAACUCAGCCUACUAUAGUUCUACAUAAAAGCCAUAAUCCAGUGGCUAGUUUUACAGUUUAAUCACAUUUUUAGUUUAUUCACUUAUCAGUCAGGAGCGUGAUCCUCAUGGCAGGACGCUCAGCAGGAGGGGUACGGCUAACGGCUACAGUCUCCACACCGUAAGCGACAUUGACAUCAUGUUCGAUUCUUGCUUUCCUUUGAUUGCUAUCAGCCAAAAAAAAAAUAAUCAUCUCACAAUGUCAUGUUUCUCAUAAACGGAGGAACUGAUUCAGGGGUUUUUAGACUAGGACUGGACUGUACUGUAACUAGUCUAACGCGAUCCUGUAUCAGAUUUUUAUUGCCUUUUAUCACACAUAGGAAACUGGGUUUGGUUGAAUGUCAUGGGCAUGGUGUUGGUGUAUAUACAGAUGACACAAAGCCUGUUUUUAAGACCGAUUCAGACGUGCUUUCUCAUCCUCUUCAUCAGCAAGUCAACCAUAAACCAAGACCAGACCUUUAAGAACAUUCCUGUUCAACAGCAAUAACUGGGAUGGGUUAAAGGUUUUGCUUGCAAAGUUUCUCAUCACGUUCUCAUAGGAUGAGAGCAGGAAGCUCUUCAGGAAAGAACCAAUGAUUUUCUCUUUGCUUCUUGCUGUGGCAUUUUUCCCAGGCAUGUGCUGAUCAAUUUCAUAUUACUAUAAUCGACGUACCAUGGUCAGGAUAUAUUGUGUCGGUCUUUUUUGUUUAAGAUCACUGUACUAAAUAUCAGGAUAUGUGUUUUAAAUAAAGGACAUUUAGAAGACUGCUGCCUUCUAAAUGAGACUGAAUUGGUUAUGAGCACUCAGGCCUAAAAACCAGACUUCAAGACAAAUGCAUGAACAUCGUGGUUUAUUAAAAAUAAUAAGUUAUCAGCACAUGUCUAGUUGAAAUCUCACAGCAGUGAUUUUGUUCCAGAGAUCAUUGCCUGUCUUUGUCACUUCAGUGUGUUUAAUAAGGGAAAAGCGUGAUGAUCGUGUUUGCUUUUGGUUUUUUUUGGACCUUUAUGAGCCUCUAGGAUUUAAAACGCAGGGAGAUGUUCUGUCCGUUCACGCAUUCCUCUCCUCUCUUGUGUUUUAUGGUGUAUUGUGUAUACACACACACACGUCUGAUUUUGUCACGUAUCGUGUUUUCCUUGUCGAUUUUCUCGUAACUAAUCUUUUAUUUCCAGACUACGACGACGACCGAUGCAAUAAAGAUUAUUUUAUAUACGAGUCACAUGUACAUAUAAUGAAGAUGAUAUUAAAAUGCUUUACGUCAGAGUUUAUUUAAAACCCAAAAAACACUAUAAACACAUUGUGUAUUGCGGAGUAACAUGGCUUCAGCAUCCUUUACCUUUCUGAAACGAAUGUCAAAACGGCUGUGAUACAGUGCAAACGAUGAAACAAUAAAGUUUUCAUGGAAUA